AGUAUUGCUGCUUUUUAUUCUACUUUCAUGGAAUGAAACUCUAUUUUAGGCUAUCGAUACUUGGACAUUUGAGACAGAAGAGAUGCGCCCGCUGCUUAUUGACAAAAAAGAGUGGAAACUCUUAGAAGAUCUUGCAGAUAUCCUUGAGCCGUUUACACAUGUUACUCUGAUUAUGUCUCGCACUUCACAGCCGACAAUUCCAUUUGUGCUUCCUGCAUAUCAUCAACUCGACACACACCUAGAGGCUAAAAGUACCGAGACUAGUUUGCCAAAGAUACUCACUAACGCGGCAUCUGUCGGAUUAGAGAAGCUGAGGAAAUACAAGCGAUUGGCAGACGGGAACCGAUUCUAUGUUCUUGGUACUGUAUUACACCCGGGAAUGCGCUCCAAAUGGUUUGAGACCCUCGGAACGACAUCAUGGGAACGAGAGGACCAUCGAGACAAGGCUGAAACUAUGUUCCGACACGUUGCGCUGGAUUACUUCCAAGAACAACUAACCUCACCAACUCCUGACCAGUCAUCCCUCAAUAAGCCGAAGCCACCUGCUAACGGGUUCUUGAGCCAGAUGUGUGCUGUUGACCUCUCAUUCAUUCCCACUUCACCUCGAGCAACUCAGGCCGAUUUGGAGGAUGAAAUAUCGCGUUAUCUCCGAUUUGAGGGAGGCGUUGGGAAAACACAGGAACCACUAGAAUGGUGGCAGGUAAGGUCUAUUAUGCCGCUGCACUUUCGUUUCUGAGUUAAAGUAUAGAAACACGCUGGUUCUUUUCCUACCGUUGCUCGAAUGGCGCGCGACUUUCUUGGCAUUCCGGCAACUAGUGUUUCUGUUGAGCGAACAUUCUCGAAAUCUCGUCACAUUUGCUCAGACUUAAGGGGUUCAUUGAAAGCUGAAACCAUUCAGAAGGCUCUUUUGGCGAAGGUCUGGAUUCGUAGUGGAUUAUUAGAUGUUAACGAGCCCGUUAAACCUCGCAAAAAGCAUGGUUCUGUGGACCGCGUGACUCAAAAAUGAUACUGUAUGUUUAACUGUCUUUAUAUAGUAAACAUACGGUUAUACACUGUAUAUGUAUAUUUACGCUGUCGAGGGUAUACAUAUACAGUACGGUUGGAGCCUUAGCGUCUUCGUUGGUGACCAUUUCUUUCCAACUCACUU